UCCAGCUGCAGCUUCAAUGUCCAUUGAAGCUGCAGUUGAUUGUUAUGAAUUCAGACGGUGAACCUCUCCUACCUAACUUCCAAUUUCAAAUAAUUUGAUGGACCCACCAAAAACCCUAAUAAAUUGCAUAUAUCAUCUUUAUAAUUAAUUACAAGUUGUCACCACUAAAUCCUCCUUGUAAACUUGGAAUCUCCGCCGUAGAUUUGACGGAGUUUUCGAUCCAAAACCAGGCAAAGUCGUUAAUUCCCACCUGGUCUUUGCAGCUCAAAACCCAGUUGCUGUAAUUCUGAAUCCUGAUCUUUCAAUUUUCACAUCACAUCCUUUGAUCACCAGAAACUUUCACCAGUAAUGGCAAUUUCUAGUGAUUCAAUCAUUAGAUGCCAUCAGAAAAUCUUUGCAAAGCACCCAAUUCUUGAAUUAGAGAAUGGGGUUUUUAGAAUAGCUGUGGGUGCUCGUGGGGUUUCUUGCAGUACAAGAAAGCUAAGAAGUAAGGCUAGAGUUGGAGUCAGACCAUUGGCAGAAGCAAGUGUUGAGGGCUUGAAGAAUUUUGAGGGGGAUUUAGACUUUGGAUUGGAUGCUGCGGCCGAGAGGGAGUUGACAGAAAAAGGGUUCUCAGGGAUGAGGAAGACGAAGCUGGUGUGUACUAUAGGGCCGGCGUGUUGCUCAUUGGAAGAUUUGGAGAGAUUGGCUAGAGGAGGGAUGAAUGUGGCUAGGCUUAAUAUGUGUCAUAAUACAAAGGAGUGGCACAGAGAUGUUAUUAGGAAGAUCAAGAGGUUAAAUGACGAAAAGGGGUUUUGUGUUUCAGUGAUGAUCGAUACUGAAGGCAGCCAGAUUCAUGUAGUUGAUCAUGGAGCUCCUUCUUCUCUGAAAGCAGAGGAAGGUUCAGUUUGGGUAUUUACAGCCCAAAAAUUUGAAGGUUCACGUCCAUUCACGGUUAGAGCAAACUAUGAAGGGUUCUCUGAAGGCAUUAUGGUAGGCGAUGAACUGAUCAUUGAUGGAGGAAUGGCAAGCUUUCAAGUAGUUGAAAGGAUGGGAAAUGAUUUGCGUUGUAAGUGCACAGAUCCUGGUCUACUCCUACCCCGAGCCAAAUUGAGCUUCUGGCGGAAUGGGAAACUUUCUUACCAAGGUCAACCAACUAUAUCAGAAAAGGACUGGGAAGACAUUGAUUUUGGAAUUUCCGAAGGUGUUGAUUUUGUUGCUGUGUCAUUUGUAAAUGAUGCGGAGCCUGUCAAACAUCUGAAGAACUAUCUCUCAACCAAGGCAUCAAAAUCAAUAAGAGUAUUGGCAAAGAUUGAGAGCCUGGAGUCUCUUCAGAAACUGGAAGAAAUUGUAGAGGCUUCUGAUGGAAUUAUGGUGGCUCGUGGUGACCUAGGAGUAGAAGUUCCACUUGAACAGAUUCCAGCAGUCCAAGAGGCGAUAACUGAUAUUUGCCGGCAGCUGAAUAAGCCAGUGAUUAUAGCUUCUCAACUUCUUGAGUCAAUGGUUGAAUAUCCAACACCAACACGUGCAGAGGUUGCAGAUGUAUCUGAAGCAGUUAGGCAAUAUGCUGAUGCAAUGAUGUUGUCUGGUGAGUCGGCUAUUGGAUCAUAUGGAGAGAAAGCUCUUUCUGUCUUGCGAAUGGUCAGUGGUCGAAUGGAACUUCAGAGUCGUGAAGAAAACCGUCAAAAUGCUCUCCAUCAAUGUCAUCUUGGAGAUUCAUUACUUGAUUGUAUAUCUGAAGAGAUAUGCAAUUCCGCGGUUGAAAUGGCUAAUAAACUUGGCAUAGACGCGAUCUUUGUCUACACAAAGCAUGGAGAGAUGGCAUCACUCCUUUCUCGCAACCGUCCAAAUCCGCCCAUAUUUGCUUUUACCGAUGAUACCGAUGCUCGGAUGGCUUUGACUUUGCAGUGGGGAGUUAUCCCCAUCCUUACUGAUUUAUCAGAUGACAUGGAAUCCAACAUAUCGAAAACCAUUGAUCUUAUAAAAUCUAAAGGCAUGAUGAAAGAGGGAGAUGCUGUUUUGAUAGUCUCAGAUCUCACUCCAGCUUGUGCAACUCGAACAGCCUUCCAGUCAAUCCAGGUGAAGACCAUUGUGUAGGAAAAACGGUCAUCUUCAAAAUACCCACUUGUCAAAGAUACUUGGGAAGGUAAUGUAAUGGCAGAAACUCUCAAGAGUCUAUGGUGAAACUGAAACUGCUCGACUGCCUUUUCCAUGCAUCUUGCAAAUGGUCAAAUUGCAAUGACAAUCUCUUUGUGUUGCCUUGGCAGAAAAAGUUGUUUAGCUUAGCACAGAUUGUUGAACCAGAUUUUACAGAUCAUUGUGUUAUGAUUUGUUUACAUGUUUUCCCCUAAACUUGUGAUUUUCAUGUCGUUAAAUUUGGAUCAGAUCUAAUUCACCAAAAAAUUAAUUCA